AUGCAUAGGUACGAUGUUAUGUCGCACCUUAGCAAGGAAAGUGCGCGAGAUCGCGCCCGGGAAUACAGAAACGCCGAAUUCUAUGAGGACGGAGGCAUCCUUUUUUCCAAGGUGUGUGCUAAGUCUGUCGACCAUCGACGUAAAUCUACGAUCGACGACCACGUAAUGAGCAACGGGCACCGCAUGAACGCCGACAAGUUCAAGCGAAGGCAGGAAGAAACGCAGCGAGGCAAUAACGUUGCUGCUGGUUGUUCUGGACUGCAGCAGGGUGAUGUAAGAUUGCAGAUGCUGGACUCUGUGGUCACAGCCCGGGAAGCAAGAAUGGACGUUGUUACGGAAUUUCUGGAAGCACUCAUUGUCGCUAAUAUUUCGCUGGAAAAGGUUGGACGCCCAAAAAUGAAGAAUUUCUUGGAGACGCGAGUUACCAACGGCGGGUCGAUACCCGGGCAGAACGCACUUCGCCGUCGAAUUUCAGAACCGUUCGAGAAACACGGAGCUUGGCUUAACGGCGUGGGUCGACAGUGUCGGUAG